CAAACUACUCAAAAUCCAACAUGGAUUCGAGAUCAGCUUUCUCUUCUAUUUUGCUACUAGUUCUUCUACUAGUUUCCCCCUUUUUCACCAAUGCAUCAAGUAGACUCUACAUCGUGUACAUGGGGGAGAAGAAGCAUGACGAUCCGUUUGUGGUCACGGCAUCGCACCAUGACAUGCUUGCUUCUGUUCUUGGGAGUAAGGAUGAAGCCAUGAGGUCUAUAGUGUACAGUUACAAACAUGGGUUCUCUGGAUUUGCAGCGAUGCUCACAGAAUCUCAAGCUGAAGAAAUUGCAGAAUUACCUGAAGUCCUCAGCGUGAAUCCUAACAUUUACCAUCAAGCACACACAACUCGAAGCUGGGAUUUCCUAGGCCUGAACUAUUACGAACAAUCAGGCCUUCUAAAGAAAGCCAACUAUGGUGAAGAUGUCAUAGUCGGUGUCAUUGACUCAGGUAUAUGGCCUGAAUCAGAAAGCUUCAAUGACAGUGGGUACAGCUCUGUACCGACCCGGUGGAAGGGCAAGUGCCAAACUGGCAUGGCGUUCAAUGCCACAAGUUGCAACAGAAAGAUCAUCGGUGCCCGGUGGUACUCAGGUGGCAUUCAGGAUGAGUCGCUGAAGGGUGAGUACUUGUCACCGAGGGACGCAAAUGGCCACGGCACGCACACCGCCUCAACGAUCGUUGGUGGGCAGGUGUGGAACGCGAGCCACAAGCGGGGCGGCUUGGCCGCUGGGUCGGCACACGGUGGGGCGCCGCGCGCACGGGUAGCAGUCUACAAGGCGUGCUGGGGCGCCGCCGGCGGUGGGAUCUCUUGCAGCAACGCCGCGGUGCUCGCGGCCAUCGACGACGCCAUCAACGACGGCGUGGAUGUGCUGUCCCUGUCGAUAGGAGGCCCCGUCGAGUACCUCUCGUCGCGUCACGCCGUGGCGAGAGGGAUCCCCGUCGUGUUCUCUGCUGGGAACGACGGCCCCACACCGCAGACGGUGGGGAGCACCUUGCCAUGGGUCAUCACGGUGGCUGCCAGCACGAUUGAUCGGACAUUCCCAACCGUGAUAUCGCUCGGGAACAAAGAGAAGCUGGUGGGGCAAUCUCUUUACUACAAAGCACCAGCGAAGAGCGGAAAAUUUGAGAUGCUCGUUGAUGGAGGAUUCAGCUGCGACAAGGAGACGCUGGCGUUGAUCAAUGUCACUGGCAAGAUUGUGCUGUGCUCGGCGCCGUUGCAGGCGAAGUUAAAUCCGCCUCGCCUGAUGCUGCCUGCAAUCAUUGGCGAUGUCGCUAACGCAGGCGCCGCGGGUCUCAUCUUCGCUCAGUACACCGUCAACAUUCUUGAAGAUCUGGACGCCUGCAAUGGCAGCAUGCCCUGUGUACUCGUCGACUACGAGAUCGCAAACAGAAUCCGCUCUUACGUGGCCUCCACAAGGAUGCCGGUGGUGGAGGUGUCUCCGGCUAUGACCGUGGUCGGAAGUGGGGUGCUCUCACCGAGGGUGGCUGCAUUCUCGUCGAGAGGACCGAGCUCCUUGUUUCCCGGUAUACUGAAGCCUGACAUUGCUGCACCGGGAGUCAGCAUCCUGGCAGCCUUGGGUGACUCAUACGAGUUCAUGUCUGGGACAUCCAUGGCAUGCCCGCACGUAUCAGCGGUGGUGGCACUGCUCAAGAUGGUUCACCCAGAUUGGUCGCCUGCCAUGAUUAAGUCCGCCAUCGUCACCACAGCAUCGGUGACUGACCGUUUUGGCAUACCAAUCCAAGCCGAGGGAGUGCCAAGGAAAGUGGCUGACCCAUUCGACUUCGGUGGUGGCCACAUUGAAUCAGAUAGAGCGGUUGACCCUGGUUUAGUCUAUGAUAUAGAUCCAAGAGAGUACGCUAAGUUCUACAACUGCAGUAUCAACCCCAAGGAUGAAUGUGAGUCAUACAUGAGGCAACUUUACCAGCUCAACCUCCCAUCCAUCGUCGUACCAGAUCUCAAGUACUCUGUCACGGUUUGGCGAACCAUCAUCAACAUCGGAGUGGCAGAAGCAACUUACCAUGCAAUGCUUGAGGCACCAGUCGGUAUGACCAUGUCUGUGGAACCUUCAGUGAUCAAAUUCACCAAUGGCGGUAGUAGAAGUGUGACAUUUAAGGUGACAUUCACCACAAGACAGAGAGUGCAAGGUGGCUACACGUUUGGAAGUUUGACAUGGCAAGAUGGUAUCACACACUCUGUGAGAAUUCCUAUUGCGGUUCGUACCAUAAUCCAGGACUUUGUUGCAGAUACUUCAUAAACUUUUAGGGGGAGAUAGUAAAUAUGUUAGUGCAAAGUUAGUUUGUUCAUUUUUGUUUGAGAAAGUCAAUGUGACCCAUGUCAGGUGCAAUAUUAGAAUUGUAAGACUGUAGUUCAAAUUGGUUGUUGUAUUUCUUUGUCCAUGGUUAUAUGAGUAUGGUGUCUUGUUUGAACAGGUAGUCCUGAAUCAUGGAUGAAAUGUUCUAAAGCUUUUGUAGAAACACACAUAA